AGACGAUGGCUUCCACGCCGGCUAGAGCGGCCCCGCAGGCCAGCGGGGACUUCCGGGGCGGGGUGAGCUGGCCCGUUCCCUUCCGCUAGGGGAAUGUGGGUCUCCGGUCGCGGGAAGCUACGCGAUUGCUUGGCCGCCGCUUUCUGCCCGCUGAGACGGUGCCUGAGCCUAGGGGCCGCCAUGGCCAAAAGCAAGUUCGAGUACGUGCGGGACUUCGAAGCUGACGAUACGUGCCUGGCCCACUGCUGGGUGGUGGUGCGGCUGGACGGCAGAAACUUCCACCGGUUUUCAGAGAAGCACAACUUUGCAAAACCGAAUGACAGCCGUGCCCUCCACCUGAUGACCAAGUGUGCCCAGACCGUCAUGGAGGAACUGGAAGACAUAGUGAUUGCCUAUGGGCAGAGCGAUGAGUAUAGCUUCGUGUUCAAGCGGAAAAGCAAUUGGUUUAAAAGACGAGCUAGUAAGUUCAUGACUCACGUGGCCUCCCAGUUCGCGUCUAGCUAUGUGUUUUAUUGGCGGGAUUACUUUGAGGACCAGCCCCUUCUGUAUCCCCCAGGCUUCGAUGGAAGAGUGGUGGUGUAUCCUAGCAACCAGACUCUAAAGGACUACCUCAGUUGGCGGCAAGCCGAUUGUCACAUCAACAAUCUCUAUAAUACAGUUUUCUGGGCGCUAAUCCAACAAGCUGGACUGACACCGGCACAGGCCCAGGGGAGGUUACAGGGAACUCUGGCAGCGGACAAGAAUGAGAUUUUGUUUUCUGAAUUCAACAUCAACUACAACAAUGAGCCAGCGAUGUAUAGAAAAGGAACCGUGCUGAUUUGGCAGAAGGUGGGUGAAGUCAUGACAAAAGAAGUUAAGCUGCCAGCAGAAAUGGAAGGGAAGAAGAUGGCGGUGACGCGGACCAGGUCUAAGCCGGUACCCUUGCACUGCGACAUCAUUGGGGAUGCUUUCUGGAAGGAACAUCCUGAGAUCCUGGAUGAAGACAGCUGACCCCACGCUCUGCCGUCCUGGUGUGCUGGACCAUGCGAGGCCCCUGCCUCUCCCUGCCUAGGGUGAUCGCCCGGAGCCGAGUCAGGAAAGAAACCACGCAAGCCAGGGAGGGGAGCAAAGAAGGGAUGGAUGCAGCAGUGGAUCUUGUGCUACUUAAACAGAACAGCUUUUUGCAGCGUUGGAACAUG